AUGCGCAAGAAGCUCAGUCCGGUCGCCGUUAGCACGCCCGUCCGCGCUCCUGAACCUCGGAGCCGCUCCCGACAGCGCGAGUGCGCCACACGCGCUUCAUACGCCAUGCAGCCGCCCUCGCACAGCACCUCGGCGCCGACUCGUGGCGGCAGGUCGCAGAAGGUGGCGCGGGGCGAUGAGGAGGAGGAGAGGGUCAGGAGGGCCGAGGGGCAGGAGCCGGAGGGGCUCAGGGUCGACAAGGAGGUCGUCUCAGACCUGGUGGCGCAUCUCCUGUCGCCAUCGUCGCCCCCGUCUCGCCGCAAGAUCCUCUCCUCGACCCGCCGCCUCGUCUCGCCCAACCUCGUCGUCUCGUUCCCCUUCCUGCCCGUCCCCGAGCCCGGUCAGCCACUCUCGACGGCGUCACCCGUUCACGAGCUCGUCACCGCAUCGCAACAAGCCCUCGCCGUCUUCCGCCUGCCGACCCUCGCCGUCUCGCUCCUCCCCUUUGCCUCGUGGGACCUGAGCGCGCUCGGCAUCGAGGAGACGUCGCUCGCCCUCACCGUCCCCGAGCAUGUCGAGGCGUCGAGCGAGGGCAAGGGCAAGGGCAAGGAGCGCGAGGUAGAGCACAUCGAGCACGCCGACCGCGUCCAGGUCGUCGAGCGCUGGUCGGCAAACGUCGAGUGGACCCUGCGCAUCGACUCGCCGCCCGUGUCUCGCGUGCAGCAGAGUGCCGGGAGGACGAAGCGCCCGGCGUGGCUCGAGUCGACGACCGCGCCGCGCAAGGUCGAGCUCGUCUUUGCCUCGCGCCCGCACGUCGAGUCGACGAGGCGCGGCCGGCAGCAGCGCGGUGUCGCCUCGGUCGCAGGACGGCGGCACUACGUCUUGAGCUCGUCGGGCGACGACGGCGUCGAGCGCGAGAUCGGCGCGACGAGCUCGGCGAGCCUCGUCGAGAAGGCCGCCGAGGAGGAGCACUCGCUCGAGCUCGUCUACUUGCGGUACACCAUCCCGACCUUUGCGCUCCCCUUCCUCGCCUCCCACCCUCUCUUCGACCUCGUCCGCCUCCUCGUCGCCGUCCUCCUCCCCGUCACCGCGUACCUCCUCGCGCUCGUCGGCCUCGACCAGCAGCUCCAGGUCGACAAGCCGCGGCAGCUCGUCGCGCCACGCCUCACGCACCACACCAAGCGCAAGCUCGAGACGACGACCUCGGCGCUGCGUGUCGGCACGCCGGCGCGCAAGCGCCGCAAGUACCGCGACUCGGCGCCUCCCGCCGCGUCGACGAGCGCCGGUCGCGAGCCCGAGCCCGUCGUCGAGACGGCGCACGCCGGCGAGGCGAGCGAGCUGCACGUCGGCCACCACUCGCACCUGUCGAGGCACCGUCGCUGGUCCGUCUCGACGCCGUUUUCGCUCCCGGCGUCGAGAUCGGCUUCGGGCUCGUCGGCGACGCUCCAGCCCUCGCCCGAGCGGAUCCCGGGGCCGUCGCCCUGGGCACCUCGUCCUCCUGUCGCGCUCUUCGCAGUCGUCGAGCUCGUCGGCGCGGCGUGCGCAGGCGUCGUCGCGGCGUGGCGCGAGCUGGCGAUCCUCCUGUGGAUCGUCCGCCAGGCGAUCCUGUUCGCGACCGAGCUCGUCGAGGAGGGGUGGGUCGUCGCCAAGGAGGUCCUGCGGCAGCCGCCGCCGGAUGCCAGGCGCAGGAGGAGCCAGGGAGGGAGCGAGCAAGGGGGCAGCGAGGGCAGCGGCGCGGGAGGAGCGGCGAGGAGGAGGAGCGCGAUGAGCGGCGGGCACCGGCACCAGCGCGAGUCGAUCCAGCACCGCCACGUGACCUUUUCCGCCUCCGGCGACUCGCCCUCGACGCACAGCCUCACACCGUCACCGCCCAACGACGAUCGCGAGCCCGCCGUCCUCGACCUCGCCGUCGAUGCGCCGGCCGAGCACGACCGCCCCGACGCCGCGGCCGCCUACGCCCUGUCGCAGCUGCAUGCACUCGUCUCGCGUCAAGCGGCUAGCGAGGGGCGCAGCCUCGCGCCUACUCUCGCCGCCGAGGACUCGUCGCUGAGCGGCGAGCAGGAGAGCGAGGGCGCCGAAACGCGUGCGGGGCGCGAGGACACGGCGGGCGAGCACCAGCAUCUCGGCGCCGAGGAGCAGAGCGGGCAGACCUGCACGGCGCAGGCGUCGUCGGGCUACGAGUUCCCGCCGCGCUCGGCGGGCCCGCGCACCCGCUCGAGCGCAGACGACGACGACGACGCCGAGCACUCGGCCUCGACGAGCGGUCCUGGGCCCGGCGGCCGCCUCUCGCCGUUCUCGGCGCUCUCGCAGGGCGAUGUGGCGUCGACCGCCGCCGCGUCGCAGCCGUCGUCGCGCCGUGGCUCGCUCGUGCCCUUCCAGCCCUCGCCGCGCAGGUCGCGCUUCGAGCGCGCGGAUCCGCCCUUCGCUGCGCCUGCCAGGCGUGGCUCCCUCGGCGUCGCAGGCCGGUCGUCGCAGGCGCAGCAGGCGGCGGGGAGCUUGAGCAGGGCGCAGGUCGGCAGCGGGACGGAGCAGGAGGAGGAGUCGUGCGGGCAGGGUGAGCAGCACUGCGCCUGGCGCGGCGACACGUCCUCGAGCACCGCUUCGUCCGCCGCGUACUACACGCCGCAGAGCCACGCCUCGCCCAUCUCGCCCAUCACGCCCGUGCGCCCUCGCAGCGCCGGCUCGUCGCCGCACUCGAGCCCCGAGGACCCGAUCCCGAGCGAGUACCGCCUCCCGACCUCUACCUCGGCUCGCCCGGUGGCGGCGCGCUCGUCGUCCGACUCGGUGGUUGAGCUGAGCGCGCUCGGCCCGCAGAGCGUGUUCGCGCCCGCGUUCCACCCGGCCGUCAUGGGCGUCGGCGCCGGCCGAGGGGUCCAGCCUCGUCCUCGCACCAGCCAGCCGCCGCAGCCCGUCCCGCAGCAGCUCCCUCAGCCCGCACCUGCACCCGACCCGCACCCUCAGCCGCGGCCGCGGCCUCCACUUCCGCCGCAGCGGCAGCUGUACGUGCCGCCGCAGGCGGCGGGCAUGACGAUCACGCUGAGCAGCGACGAGGACGACGACGACGACGAGGCGGGGGGCGAGACGACGACGACGACGUCCGGGUCGCCGUCGGGGGGCAGGAAGAAGAAGAAGCAGCGCGGCAAGAAGAAGAAUAAGGGGAGGAGGGGCGCAGGGGGCGGCAGCGGCGGUGCGAGCGGUGCGCCGCAGGAGGAGGACCCGCUCAAGGCGGCGGGAGGGUCGCCGAGCCGGCCGCUUUUCGCUUAAGGGUGGACGGGGAGGGAGCCUGUGUAGCUUGCGCUUGCAAAGGAGCAGUACCACG